CGCUUGUGGAGUGAGGGUAGGCGGACGUAGUGUUACAGAAAGUGUUUCGCGACCCGCUGCAUAAAAUCAAUGUGAUGUAAACUGCAGUGAGCUUUAUGUCAUGUCGUCUCGGGCAUGAUGGGCAGAUGACGCUCCACUUGGGCGGCUGAGAUAUCAACGACAGUUUUCUACCACCGUGAACUCUUUAGGAACCUGCACAGCCCUGUUCCGAAAAAAAAAUUGAACAUGGACAGGCGUGGCUCCUUGGAUGACAGUUUCAACGAUCAGGCUCUUCCGGUUCCUAUACAGAUUUUCCUUUGGCGUCAGGUCAGCCCAUUCAUCAGACCGAAACUUGGCAAACUUCACGAAGCCUCCUGUAUGUUUUGUCAGCACGCACCUGGCCAUCAUGAACUCAAAGAGGCAUGCAAGUCAUUUGAGAAAGUUCUUGUGCAGAACAUUCAGUUUGGUUUGUCUCCAAGUUUAACUGAAGCUAUAAGAUCUAUUCCUCGUUGGAGAUUCAUACAAGCUUCUUUUCCACAUGUGAUGCACUGUGCAGCAAGUUUACUACAUAACAGGAAGGACACGAACUUACAAAACCUUGGAGCAGCAGAAACGAAACUGUUAUACACAUUACAUUGGAUUAUCCUAGAUGCUGCAGAAGAGUGUGCUGAUGCUGACAAUGAAAAAGGGAUCUACCAUGCAUCCCCAUUCUACUACCUGUUCUCCAUUCCUGCCAUUUCACUCUUUGUAUAUCUUUUUGCACCAAUCUGCCACCAUCUGAAAGAAUCAGAUUUCCAGAACUACUGUCUAGAAAAUGGAUUGAAGAUUUGGCAAGCAUUAUGGGAUUAUCAGCAUCCAGACACUGCAUGUUUCACUGCUCAUGUAAAACCUAAGCCGCGAGCUCUUUGGGGCAAGAUGUUGAAAUGCCCUCAGCCACAGUUUGGUGAUGUUUUCCUUGGUCGAAAAGGUUCAACUGAGGAAGGUUUCUUGGGCACCGAGAGUCCACCAAGCCAGUCAGCCAGUGUAUCGUUUUCUGAACAGGCAGGAGUUAUACGUGUGGAGUGUCGACCAGGAGAUGAAGAGAAUAAUUGGUUGUCUUCACCUAAGGAAACAAUUUUCCCUGAAACAAUUCCAGAAGAGAGCUCCAGUACUGAAGAGGAACAUGUUGUGAUUUUUCGUCUCCCAUCUCUUCCUGAGUCUGAUACUGUGAAAGAGUCUUCAAUUUAUAUGGCAGACACCAGCAUUUUUCAUGUAGCUAUGGGUCGUAAUGACACUUUAACCAAAUCGACACUGACUAUUGAACAAGUUACUGCUAUCUCUGGUUCAGACACGAAGCAGCUUCGUACGAAGCCAGCACCAAUACAAAAAAUGGGGUCCUCUACAGAUAAGGACUCAGUAGGCAGCAAUAAACAGCAUGAAGGUAUAAGUGCUCUAAAACCACAAGCAAAUAAUCAUGGGACUGGUACCGGAAUUAUGGAUAUAUGUGCAGCUACAUUUCUAGAUGUGGCUGUUUUGCGAUGCCUUUUUAUUUCCCAAUGGCAGGAAGAGGGUGUGUAUUGGGCUCUUCAGUUUUAUUACCACAGGUUACGUGAGAUUAAUGAGGACGCUUCAACUCAACAACAGCCAAGGAAACGUAGCAAUUCUCUGCCCAUUCCAAAGAUUGAAGUUUCCAUGUACCAGAGUCCAGAACUGAAGAAACGAGAAUCCAAAGAUUUCAUGGAAGUGCCAGAUGUUAAAGAUGUAUCCUAUCUUACUGAAUCUCCAUACUUUGGACAGAAACAACUGGAUGAUCAUAGUAGUCAUAUGAGACGUUCGAGUGAAAAAGUGAAAAAGAAAAUGAAAAUGGCUGAUCUCAAAGCAUUUGUUGAAACAAAACUUCUUUCUAAAUCAGAGAAAACUUUGGAGAAAAUUGGUCGUGAUGAGCCAAAAAUAUUUUGUGGACAGGAGUACCAUCGCAGCCUUGACACAGGGGAUGAACAUCUUUCACGUCCUUGUUCUGCAUUUGCCAAGAUCUUUGAGCCGAAAUUUGACCAAGAUAAAGAAAAUCACUCAAGCAAUUUGGUUAAAGGAAAAAGCAUGCCAAGUCUCAGGUACAUAGGAGAGGUGCAGUCUGAGAAGUCAAAACAGAAUCGUUCAGUGGUUGGGAAUCAACACUACUCUAUCCCAAACCCUAUCAUCACUGUCACUGAACACACUCCAACUCCUUCACCAGAUUACAUGAAAAGACAGGGUUCAAUUGAUAGUCAGCUGGAUGCCAUAAGUCUGCAAGGCAUGAAACUAAAUCAGGAACGUAAACCAAGUCUCACUCGUUCACAGACUGACUCCAACAUAACAUAUGCUGGGGAGGAAAUACCUGAAGCUCAGGGUUCUGUGUGUUACAUCACCAAAGAUGGAGAUAUCGAUUAUCAAGUUGUCCUUAAGGCAGUUCAUUCUGCAGCUGUCCGAGACAGUUUGUGCUGUACACUAAGGGUGUGUGAGGUGAUUCUUAAUCUUGUGGAGUUACUAAUGGAUAUGGGCAUACUGAAACAAUGUCUCCGUCACGAGGUUUCUUCUUCUGGAGGAAUAAACCGUAAUGUUUGUGUUUUGGUGUCUGGUCAUGGACACAGUAAUCAUAUUUCUCAUCAUGGUAGUUGUAAAGAAUCCAAGGAGGCAGAAUAUGUUUCCCCUCCCACUGAGAAGGAGCCGAGCAAGCUUUCUGGUGGAAGUCAGAAGGGGACUGCACGACUUCAGACUCCUCACAGUCUUAUUAUGAGCUGUGUAAUCAGGGUUUUCAAACAUUUGGGUUGUCCACAUGGAUGUGCUGAUGGUCAGCGAGGUCCACCUGCAGAAUUCCUGCGUUCCCAGGGGCAGAAUAUCCUUUCUAAAUUGCACCGUGCAAGUCCGAGGCAAUUUUCACGCUUUUUUCAUGAGAUGAUGUGCAAUCAGACCAUAUCUGAUAUUCUUGACUUCUUCCAUGCAUAUGUUGGAUUCUGUGUGGAUCCAAGUUCCUUGCUGUCACCAUUAAAUCAGAAGCGUAGCUGCAGCAAAUCACCUGAUGUUGUAUCUCAGGGAGGCUAUGCAACCAAUUUUGGAGCUGGCCUUGGUGGUGGGGGCACUCGUGGUAUUGAGGGUCAAAUAAUGGCUAGUGUUUUCAAAGCUUUGGUUACCCGACUGGUGAAAUCUAGUAAGGAGCUUAAAGCACAGGAAAACAUGCUUUAUUGUGAUGUGCGACAACUUAUGACAUACAUCAAGGAAGCUCAUGGUGGAGUAUUUCGGCGUGUUGCACUCAGUGGGCUACUGGAAUCUGCCAAUCGUCCUCAUAAAAAGGAACCCAGCAUGCAGACAACAAGGGUCAUUAGGCAUCUCCAUCAGAAUGAAUUAGAUGAUACAUCAGAGUUUGGAGCAAGUUCUUGCUAUGUCAUGGAUGAAAGAAGUAGCCGAAAAAUGCUUGUUAAAAAAAGAAGCACCUCGUCUACUUGUGCAAGCCUAUUUGAAACUGAAUUAGGAGAAGAAAUUAGCAAAGUGAGCCAGAGUCCCUUGGGAAAUGUGCGGAGGAAACAUCACAUACUUACACCACGGCAGAGCGAAAGAAAUCUUGGUGCUGUGGAGAUAGCGCAGUCAACAUUGAAGUCUCGCAAGUCUUCACGCUUCCAAAUUGGUGGUUUUGUUAACUGGUUCCGUCGUGAGCCUGGUCGAACAGAGUCCACCAGUAGUUACGAUGACAGUGCUUCUCCAGUUGAAGGUGGCUUCAUACGUCAAGCUUCACUGCACCAUUCUUACAGCAAAAGUUUACACAAGACUGGUAGUAGCAGUCACAUGGGCCAAACAUUACAAAAAGCUAAGAAGCGAAUGGAAGAUCAUUUCAACAAAUUUGGUUUUGGGAAAAUGAAGAAGAAAGAUGGGAGUGUGGAAGAAAAUUCAGGGAGCUAUUUCAGUCGCCGCAACUCAUUAGAGCUGGGAGAUCACUCUCGUGAAUCAGAAUUUGUGGUACUGAAAGAACGGAAACUAGUGCCAGUUUUGCCAGUGUACAAUGGUAUGCUGAGGUUUUCCUUUUUGCUGGAAACGUGUCAGCCUGGUUCUGUGCCUGAUCCCCAUUUGUUAGCUGCAACACUUGACUUGCCACAUGCACCAGUUGUGUCAAGAGCUGCCCUUUUUCUGGAAUGUUCCUACUUUGUACAUUGCUGCAACAAGGGGCAGUGGCCAAAUUGGAUGAAAUUGAAUUUCCCUAUAUUUAGACCAUCAGGGCCACUAUCUAACAGAGGAGCUCCCUCAGGAUUGCGACGUACUCACAUUCUGCAGCGUACAGCUGGAAAGAUGUUCCAUCAGUGGGCAGAGGCACUUGGGUCAAGACUGGAAGAGAUGGUGCAAGAAGACAAACAACAUGUUGGCAAUAUUGUGUCCAUGGUGACAGAAGAAUGUCGACAGAAAGAGCUUCUUAUGGAAGAUGAAGAGGAAGACUUCUUGGAUGAAGCCAGUGUUAACCUCUAUGGACUGGAGUGCCCCAUUGCACUCAGACUGUUGGCCUGCAUCCUAUUAUUGGAAAUAACAGCGUUUCUUCGUGAGACAUAUCAAACUCUGCCAAAAUCAUCCAGAUCAUCUGCCAAAGAACGGCCACCUCCGUGGGAACGCAUAUAUAGUCGUGAAGCGAAUCGUCGAUGGAGCAUGGCUCUUUCUUCUAUGGGUCAUUCUCAGACUUCUGCACAGAGCCUGCAGUCAAUUGCAGGAGACAGAGAUGCAGUUCUUCAGUGUGAGAGAAAGAUUAGCUUUGUCCUCCAUGAACCAGACAAUGAAUCAGAGGGCAGCAGUAAUACUACUGUGACUGUGCAGGGUGAGGAGACUCAAACUGUGGAUGAGAAGAAGGGUCGUCGACCGCCUCCUUCUGGGCGCCCCUUCCUUCUAAGGAGAGGAACAGCAGGAGCUACAACUGGCUCAUUUAAAAGACGAAGUCUUAAACUCAGACGCAGUGGAAAGGAGCCAAAGGAGAUUGUUGAUUGUGAUUUUAAACGCACAGAUUCAGUGCAGUCAAAACGGAAAGUGAGCUCACUGUCUGAUCGAAGUGAUAUAUCAGAACUGGGUGGUGGUGGAGAAGUGAGUGGGGAGGAGUCUCCAGGAAUCUUGAGCGAUGACCAACCACCUGAGAGUCCAAGUGACAGCAAUGAUGCAGAUGACACUGCCAAAAAUAUGCCAUGGUUGAAAGUGGUUGUACAAAUAGCAAAUUCUUUUAACUUCUACUGUUCACACCAAUCAUUCUGCCAUCCUUUCUGUUAUCGACGUCACAUGCGAGCAUGCUCAAGGCUCAUAAAGUCUGUAAGACGGAUAUAUGGAGAUGAGUUUGGAAUAGUAGCAGGCAAUGUAUGGGAAUCAGAUGAAGAAAAGCAACAGCAAGAAGAUAACAAGAAGGACAAGACUCGUGGAAGAAAAGUAUCAGAUCAAACAAGUACUCAGGCAUCACCCAUUAGACGAAAGGACAGCAUGGGUAGAAGGGACAGAACUGAACGCAAUGCAGAUGGAUCACAUUCUGGUCGCUUGCUUGGAAGUCAAAGGGAUUCAUCUAGAGAUAUUGCUGACCAAGAUGUUGAUAAAUGUCGCAGUAAUCAGCAGAAGUCGUACGUAACAUCUGCAGCAACCUUAUCUUUGGGGAAAACUCCAAAGAAAGAUGAAAGUGAGAAAUUAAAAGAGCAGCCACCUAUUCUGAAAUAUAUAAAAACACAGGUUCGUGAUAUAUUCCACGCACCACUGGCAGUCCUAUUGAAAGGGGCUGUUAUUCUUUCUGAAGAUAAUUUUGUGGACAUUUUGCCCAUAACAUGGGAACUUUUGCUGGAGGCAAACCAAGAGGUAGCUGCCACUGCUGCAUCCCUUUUCAUCUUAGCAGCUGUAAGGGCUCCUAAUCAAGCAAUGGACAUAAUGCAUCAUGGUCUACACCAUCAAGAUCCAGCUGCAAGGAUAAAUGCUAUCUUAAGGUUUCAAGUGCUCUGGAAGCUCCGAUAUCAAGUAUGGCCGCGGAUGGAGGAAAAUGCUAAUCUGACCUUUAAAGUGCCACCACCCGGUAUAGAAUUCACCCUUCCAUCACCUAAGAUUGGCAUUGAGUCUUUACCAGUUGUUGAUCCACCUUGGAUGCUUGAAGUGAAGACAAAAGUAGAAGAGGUUACAAUUAGCCAGGAUAGCCAUCGUUCACUAGUGACAGCCACAAAGACUCGUAAAAAGCAACAGACAGAACUGAUCAAAAUGGCUCUACAAGCACAAGAAGAUAAAAAACGUACAGAACGUGAGAAUUUUCUCAUUACAACAAUUCCAAUAACAGUACAAGCUGCAUAUGAACCAAGUCUUUAUCAUGCUGUUGGUGACGAUCAUGAUGAAGGUGAUGAAGAGCAAACAGAGACUCAGCUGCGAAACGCAACUCACCAUAUCCAUUCAGCUCAUUCACUCUUCCCAUCUUGCCUCUGCUCAGCAAUUAUUCAGAUCAUCAACCUUCUCGAUGAUGCAGCAGUUUCACCAGAUGGCAAUGCUGUUUAUGAAGUGGCUUAUCAGGUAAUUUGGAGUUGCCUGGUGGAAGAUAGUGCCCUCUUCUUGCGUUAUGUCCUGGAGAGACUCACACGGGACAAACAAGAACUGAUGUUCAAAAUCCUUCGCCACUUGAUUCGAUUUGUACCCAAACUCCCACAACAAGCAGCAUUUGCUCUUUAUAAUUAUAUAAUUGGCUAUGUGAUGUUCUAUGUGAGAUCACCUCAGGAGGAUGGCCACAAACUUAUAGGGACUGCUCUCUCUAUUCUCUGGAUGGUAGUGCACAGUGUGCAUGGAAUAAUGUUCAAAGACUUGAAACAGAUUCUGAGGAAGGAACAAUGUGAUGCAUCAAUUCUACUUACCGCAAAUGUGCCAUCAGCUAAGAAAAUCAUUGUUCAUGGGCCACAAGAACAAGACGCGGGAGGCAUUCCAUCACAGUUCCCAGUACAAGAGGACACCCAAUUCUGCCAGAUUCUAAGGGAAUCACUGGAUUUCUUUGGCAUUGAAGAAUCAAGACAUAAAGAAUUUUUCCUUGUAGAUCACAAAACUCAUCAGAUUCACAAUUCGUCUGCCUAUGUGCGAGAUUACUACUUCUUCAAGCGUUCACAAUAUCCACAGUUAGAACUUAUUCAUAUGAAACCUGAAGAGGCAUUUAAUGCUCUACAGAGGCAGGAACUACUGCACAAGUUUGUUGAGAUUGGGAAAGUUUUGCUUACAUGGGCCAUACUCAAGAAUGUAGACAUGGUUGUGCAACGUGUGGUAUUUCUACAUGAAGAACUUAUGAAAUUGCCUUCAUUUCCACGCAAGGCUUUGGAAGCUGAUCUUGAUUUGUAUAAAGGAGGUGAAAUGGGCAAGGAACUUCUAGGACUGGAUGUGCUACAUAAAUUCAUGUGGGUGCGACUCAUUGCCAGGAUGUUUGAAGCAAUGGCAGGGAACUUUGCCUAUUCUGGUGAUAUCCACUUGUUCCUUAAUGUUCUCAAUGGAGCUGUGAUACUUCACAGUGAAGAUGCGUGUAUUCUCCGUUAUGUAACAGCAACAUACAUCAAUGCUGCUCAUAACUUCAAAAACAUCUUUUCCACUAAUGGAUAUCUGCUCAUAAUGCCCACAUUGCUUCAACUAUACUCAAAUCAUCAGACAAAUAGACUGGUGAAGACGACUGUUGAGUACACUGUCAAACAGUUCUAUUUAAUGAAUCGAAAGCCAUUUAUUCUCCAGAUGUUUGGUAGUGUGUCUGCUAUUUUAGAUACUGAUGAUGACAACCAGUAUGGUGAUGCUCAUAAGGUGCAGUCUAAUUGUCUGUUCAAUCUCUUACUCAGUUUGGAAACACCAUCACCAGAUCCCCUAAAUAUAGGUGAACUGGUAAGAGAAGAAAAGCCACUGAAGGCAAUAGAUUUCUGUUACCAUGAUGAGAAUGAAAUGGUAACUGUUCUUGAUUGUAUUUCACUAUGCGUCAUGGUAGUAGCAUAUGCUGCUGACUCAGUCCGAGGCCAUCAGAUGCUGACAAUCCUAGAAGCCAUAUUGCCCUGUUAUAUGCAGCACAUCCAACUGCCAAGCUACAGGAAGGAAGGCAAAACUGAGAAGGAAAUCAUUUAUCAACUUGCAGUUGCUGUUAAGACUCUUGUCAAUAACUGUGAAGCUCUUGCAAAGAAUUAUAAUGGGCCACAGAGGGCAAGUCCUGAGCACAAAGGCUCUAGUCAACGUAAUUACAGCAGGGGACCCUAUUCUCCAGGCUUUGAAUUUGAGGAUGACUCGCACUCAAAAUACAUGAGUGACCACAGUAGAAGCAAGAUCAUAUAUGAAAGAGACAUGGAAGAUUCUGAGCUGUUGCGAAGUGAAUUUCGACGUCCACGAGAUAUCCUGUUGUCCAUGGUAGCUGAAUUUCUCACGAAGUGCACUCUUCGGCUGAAUGAGAUCAACAAGAAAUCAGGCCAGGAUAACAAGACUAUUGAGCUUUUGGACACCAGGGCACAUGUGCGCUUAGCUGACAUCGCCCACAGUCUUCUAAAGGUGUCUCCAUAUGAUCCAGACACAAUGGCAUGUAGAGGCCUCCAGCGUUACAUGAGUGAUAUACUGCCCUCAACUGAAUGGACCAAUGAAGCAAUGAGGCCAGCAUUGAUAUCCAUCCUUCGACGACUGGACAAAACUUUCAACAAGAUAUACAAGAAACCAUCUAUCAGGCGUCACACAGACUGGGAGGCCGCAGCUGGUUUGCUGAAGGGUAUUUAUGAGACUCUUGCCCGUUACCCAUAUAUAGUUCACAUGCAACACCUCAAGACGCUCAUUAACACAUGCCAGGCUCUCAUAGUUGGAGAGACAGUAGCUACUGGUGUGGGUGAAUGCGUGUCAUUAGCCACAGCUGCUCUGAUGGGUCAAGUUCCUCCUCCACACUUCUGUUCCACUGUUGUACGCCUUAUAGCACUGCAGAUAUUGGCAAUAGGAGAGACAUAUUCUUUAGAGCAAGCUUGUGGUGGUAGUUCUGUGUUCUCCACUCAUGACAAGACAGAGAGUAUGCUCAUGAAUCUUCUGAUGCCUCUGUGUCUCCGUGUUGGUAGCGGCAGAAAAGAUGUACCCCAUAUGAGGCCAGCUGACAUCAGCUUUGCUUUAACUGUUGUGCUCCAUACUAUGAGUCCACCUGCCAGCAAGAUAGCUCCAGUUACAGCACAGAACAUCAAGACUGCAUCUGAGAUGAGAACAGGCAGCCUUACUUACAGUGGUAGAAGUGACAACAAGAAACGGCACAAAAUAUCUAUGUCACUGUUUCAAGUAGCUUUCCUUGCUCUAAAAAUCAUGAUCAUCUGCUUUGAGGGUGAGCUGGUUGCUGAUUGGCCACGCAUAGCACGAACAAUCAGAGACCUGGGAAAACGCAAUGAAGGGGGUUCCAUCUGGUGGAAUUUCAUAGACUUUGUUGUAUCUCAGAGGAUACCGCUUUUUGUACUGCUGCAGCCUUUCAUCCUGAACAAGUUGUGUCAGCCGCCAGUCACAGACCAUGAACGCCAUCUUCAGUUUGUUAUUCGAGAGAAGCUGAAGGGCUUCAACUUGCCCAUUGUGAAAUGUAAGGGUAUGCUGCUCAUGGACCUGGCACAUGAGAUGAAGGAACUCAAGGAGGAGAUAGAAGAUCGCAGAUAUGAUGAAGAAAGAGAUACAAAGAAAUUAAAAAUUCUGUCAGACAUGCAGCAAGGACAGCACCAUGGCCUGGGACAACCCAGUGAAGUGGGAGCAGGCCCACACCAGCGUCAACAUCGUCCAUCACUCAUUGACCUUUUGACAGGUGACCACAGCGUGGGAAAAGAUUCCAUGGCUAAACCUGAUAAUACCUCAACCAGUCAGCCUACUCAUCGAGUUCUUCCUGUAACACAAGCCCGGAAUCGCUGGAGUGUUGCUGCUAAGCUAGCGUGUGUUAUGGCUGCUGCAGAAUCAGUGUCAAGUGUGAGUUUUGGGUCAAGCCAUUCAGCCGCCACUGCAGCGCGUGGCACUGGGGAAGCCAUAAGUGAAGGUGGGGUUGGGGAAACCCAAACCUCCACACCGGCAAACUUGCUGGUGGCACCUAAAUUUCCGUUAACAGACAAGUCCCAUCAGUCUUCCUCUUCUUCUGCUAGUGAUGAACGUAAAUUGUCAAGUCAGAAGUUUGACAGUUCCUUACCACUACAGAAAUCAUCCAUUCGAUUUGUGUCUUCUGUAGAAUUUAAACAUUCUUCAGGUGAAACAUCAACCACUCCUUUGAGCCCUGGUAGCCCAGCAGAUGAAAGUUCUGGUGAAUUGAGUGGACGUCCCAACAAACCCCGUCUCCAACGUUCUAAAGCACAAAGCAGGAAGACAUUUAGGCUUCGGAAGAGUAGAAGAAGCCAUAUUGAGGUAUCCCAUGCCAAGGUUGAACCAUCUGAAACAUCACCAGAAGAUGGGCAACAGCAACAGCAAGAGAAAUUUUCAAAGCAGCAGCAGCUCCAGCUCCAACACGAACAUAAACUUUUUUCACAGCAACAAGAGCAGAAACAACAGACAUCAGCAGUUGACAUUCCACCAAGAAAGUCCUCUGCUCUACCAAUCACCACAGGAGCUACCACAAGCCAGCAGCUUCCUAAUGCAGCUGUGUUACAUGCACAGCGAUUAUCUGUCCACCAGUCACGCUCUUCAGAGAAUGCACGUUCCUCUACUGCUGAUGUAUCGUGGGAUGAGGUCUCACAAACAUCAAGUACUUCAGGGUACAAGGAGUCAUAUAGUCUGCUGAUGAUGGCCCUGGAAUGUCCUCCUACACCCACUGGUAUUGUUGCUGCAACAGCCAUUAAUAAUGAGUCUUCCCAUGAACCACCACUUGCAUCUCCUGAUGCUCAUGAUCUGCCUUCAACCAGCAGUGCCACUACCAACCAAAUGGCUGCAGAGGGCAGCUCUCCAGAUUCUUCCAUCAACAGUGGGGAAGACUUGGCAUUGCUUGAACAUUCUGUCCCACGUUCUUCAUCAUUGCAUUCUCUCUUCAUGGUAUUUGAGACUCAAGAUGAAGACACACUUAUCUAAAUGUUGAAUCAAACCUACCAACUGACAGACUAAUGAACUACCUAAUUAACUACCUAACUACCUACCUAUAUGGUGCAGUGUCUUCUUGAACAGUUGGUCUAGAUAUUCCCUGCUCUUAUAAAACCCAAUGGUUGGUCAGUGUUUUUACCUAAACCUGCCAUUGAAUUCCUUCACGAGUACCCAAAUCCACUCAUCCCUUCCACUAUGCUGUGACUCUCAGAUUCAUUUUUAUAUUAUGCCCCCAUCCUUUGAAAAUAUGGCACCAUUCAAAUGUUUGGGAAUGACAGUAACAAUUCAAAAUUUGAUUCAGGAGGAAAUUAAGAGGAGUUUGAAUUUCUGUAAUGCUUGCAACCAUUCAAUCCAGAACCUUUUGUCUUCUUGGCUGCUGUCUAAAAACGUAAAAAUUAGGAUAUAUAAAACUGUAA